AUGACAAAACUCGUGAUUUUUAGUCUCUUCUUGACAAUUUUCAUCGAAAAAGCAGCGUCUCUCGACUGUUACGGUCCUGCCAAAUCACGAGCAGCGCAAUUGCGUCAAUUUCUGUUGUGUGACUACGAGCCCUUGUUGCCGCCCGUCAAUCGACACACCUCAACUUUGGUUAUCGAGAAUUUCCGACUCGAUGUGCGUUCGUAUCAGUUCCAGGAGCGUCAGGGAACCCUCAAUCUCUUCACCUGGAUGACGAUGAACUGGCAGGACGAGCAUUUGCAUUGGGAUCCCGCCAACUGGGACGGCAUCGAUCGCUUGCAAGUGACUUCCGACGAGGUUUGGCUGCCCGAUAUCUACUUGGAGCAGUCGCAAAGUGGAAGUGUCAUGACCACAGCGCCGAAUAUCGACUGCUGGGUACGUCAAAAUGGCACGGUAUCGUGUUUGGUGCCAAUUAAGUUGGAAGUUUUGUGUGUGGCGGAUUAUCGUUUGUGGCCGCAUGACUCGCAGGAGUGCGAAUUGAACUUUUUAACGUGGAGUUAUUUGGCGGAACAGGUAGAUUUUGCGGAAAAUCUCGAAUUUGUGGCGUCCGAAGUGCACGAAGACAUGCAAUGGCGCAUCACGAAGACGGAAGUAAUUGGCAGAUGGAGUUCUUGGUGGGAUAUUGGACAAACGAAUGUGGGAAUCAAGUUCAAAAUUGGCAUCACGCGACAUGCGGAAGAGGAAGAUGUGGUUUAUUUGCUGCCAUCGAUCAUUUUGAGCUUCAUGAAUCUCGUGACGAUGCUGAUGAAGCUGGAUUCCAAACAACGACUCAUUCUCGCGUCGAUUAACAUCGCUAUCCAACUAAUGUAUAACGUGCAACAUGUCUGGUCCGGCACAUAUCACUCAGAUUCCGUUCCAAUGGUCUAUUAUUACUUCCAUUUUUCCUAUUUGAUCACCAUUCUCGUGAUUGUAGAGACAGUUCUCCUUUCGCGGGUCCAAAAAUUCGAGCUGGAACUCCCUCAAACCAUCGAUUUCAGUUUGAAACAAUUCGGAACGAACAAAUUUGCAGCAAUUUUCUUGGCAGACAUCAAUUUUUCCAAUGAAAAAGUCGAUUCCGAAGGCAGUUGGGUCAUAAUCUCCAAAAUUUUUGAUAGAUUUCUGAUGAUUUUAAUGGUCGGCACGUACUUUUCCAUCGCACAAGACUUGCUUCCAAUGAAAAAUUAAUCAAAUGUAAAGCUUCUUCUCCCAAUUUGAAUGCAAAUAUUUAAGCUGAUGUCAAGUAACGUUAAAUCCACAGAGAAAGUCGUUAAGAAAGACAAAUAUUUUUGUCAA